UUAAUAAUGUCAUUCUCUGACUUUGCUGGUCGUGUGAAGUUUCAGUGUGCUUAUAUUUCCAGUAUUUAGGGAUACUAACUGUGAGGCCAAAGUGUCACGAAACCCAAGCCAUUGUGAGUCGAUUGCUUUGAUUGUUUUUCUGCUGAUCCAGUGGGGCCUGUCUUUAUGAAACACUUCGUAAACCAUUGACUGGCUUCCAAAACACGGGCAUUUGGCUGCACUGCUGCAUGCAAGCCACCGAUGGCGUCGGUAGUAAUUCGGGGGCGUCUUGAAAAGAACAGACAACCUUAGCUUUUAGAUAAUGGAGCGGACAUUCUUCACACGCGCUACAAAGGACACCCUGUGAACUUAUGACAGCAAGAAAGAGAGGAUCUGCAGGAUAUUGAAGUUCGCCAUAUCACAGGAGGGAUAGAACGAGUGCUAAAAGCGCUUCUAACCUCCAGCACCUCGAAAUAACAGGUCCUGAGCUCCAGGCGAGGCGCUUCUCAGCGGGAAAAGAGUCUCAGCGCGUAACAAUGUUGGACGGUAUCAAAAUUGAAGACCAUCCGCUUCGGACCGGACCAGCUACUCUUGGAGUUAUGCUAGGCUCGGAGUGCCAUCAGCAGGCGGUGUGUGAAGGUUGCCAGCGGCCCAUAGCCGACCGCUUCCUGAUGCGCGUCAACGAGUCCUCGUGGCACGAAGAGUGUUUGCAGUGCGCCGUGUGUCAGCAGCCGCUCACCACCAGCUGCUACUUCCGAGACAGAAAACUCUACUGCAAACACGACUACCAACAAUUAUUUGCUACAAAAUGCAGUGGAUGCCUGGAGAAGAUAGCACCCACAGAAUUUGUGAUGCGGGCGUUAGAGUGCGUUUAUCACCUCAACUGCUUUUGCUGUUGUGUGUGCGACCGACAGCUCCGCAAAGGUGACGAAUUUGUACUGAAAGACGGCCAGCUGUUGUGCAAGAGUGACUAUGAAAAGGAGAAAGAUCUGCUUGGAUCAGUCAGUCCAGAUGACUCUGAUUCGGAGAAGAGCGAGGAUGAGGAGCUGGAUAUCAAGCCGGAGAAGUGCUCUGGAGGCACGGGCAAAGGGGAUGAUGGAAAAGAUCCAAGGAGACCCAAACGACCACGUACCAUCCUCACCACGCAACAAAGACGGGCCUUCAAAGCUUCAUUUGAGGUGUCAUCAAAACCCUGCCGAAAGGUUAGAGAAACCCUGGCUGCUGAAACAGGCCUAAGUGUACGUGUGGUUCAAGUGUGGUUCCAGAACCAGAGAGCCAAGAUGAAGAAGUUGGCCCGAAGACAGCAGCAGCAACAGGAGCAGCAAAACUCCCAAAGGCUGGGCCAAGAGGUGAUGUCCAAUAGGAUGGAGAACAUGAUGAACUCCUACACACCACUGGCCUCUGCACAGCAGCAGAUGGUUGCCAUGGAAAAUGGCUACACUGCUGAUGCCUUCCAGCAGGGUCUUACCCCACCUCAGAUGCCUGGAGAUCACAUGAACCCAUACGGAAAUGACUCCAUAUUCCAUGACAUUGACAGCGACACCUCCUUGACCAGCCUUAGUGACUGCUUCAUGGCUUCUUCAGAAGCAGGCUCACUGCAGGCACGUGUGGGAAACCCGAUUGACCGACUUUACUCCAUGCAGAGCUCUUAUUUUGCAUCAUGAAAACAAAAAAAGACAGGGACAACCAAGUGUGGGUUCACUUAACCCACUGCUCCCUUUAUUACAAGCCUUGGAACCAAGUACUCUCAGCAAAGACCUCUACUUUGGAUGAAGGGCCAAAACCAAAAGCCCAAAAUAUGAAAAAUCACAGAACUUGAAAACAAGCGUCCUUGAUAUUCAAUUGUAAAAAAUGCAGCUCAGGACACCUGGUUUUCUGGGGCUGACAGACUUUUUCUAGAUAUGUUUGUACAAUACUUUCACAGAAGUAGCAGGACUUGUCAACAUCCACCUAUGGUAGGAAAGAUGUACAUUUGAAAGCCCUGAAGCCACAAACCUCAGUCCACAGCAUCCUGCCAAGGAAGGCUGAAGAUCAAGACAUUAAUCUCACAAUGCAUGAAGUCAUAUUAUUUGUGAACAUGGCAUUGAAAAAGAAAAUCUUUAGAAAAUAGCUGAAAAAAUUUUGUGUUGUUGAGAUAUUUAAAUGUGAUGUUUGGACUCUUGUUUUUAUUUGUAUUUUUUUUUCAACAUUACAUCUUUAUCAUGUUAAUAGGUUUAGCUAUGAAAGUGGAGUUAGAAUUUGUAGAGAAAAGAGGAAUGUAUAGUGAAAGUGUACAUGAUUGUAUGAGGAUGUGUGCGUGCGUGUGUGUGUGUGUGUGUGUGUGUGUGUGUGUGUGUGUGUGUGUGUGUGUGUGUGUGUGUGUGUGAGUGCGUGUGUGUGUGUGUGUGUGCGUGCAAGUAUGACUGUGUGAGCAUUUAAUGUAGUCACCUACCUGUAUGUGUGUUGUGCUUCAGCGUGUUAUAGUUUGAAAGACAGACAGCAAAAGCUCUAUCCUUGUGUAAAUAUAUGUUUCCCGAACAAAUCAGCUGUGCAUGUUCAAAUGGAGAACAUUCUAUUUAUUUAUCUAAACCAUGCUCUUGAAGGUACUUAAGUAACUGAAAAGCUUUAUUUAAAAAGGAGAAAACCACAUCAAGUAGUUUAAGCAUUAUUAUCACUCAUGUAUAUUAUUUAACAAUUAAAUAUAUCCCUUUUCCAGCUUAGAUGUACAUCAGCAAAUGUGUUAUAAGCCCAGAACCAGGGCUUCUCAACCAGUCCUAGAAAACCACUGACCUGGUGAGAAUUUUGUAACUGUGAUUCAGCUGAUUAUUAAACCUUUCCUCAUUUGGAUCAUGUAUGUUGGCAGUGAGGAAACAUUGGAAAGCUGUGCAGUUCAGUUGGUUCCCAAAAUGGAAGCUGAGAAACCCUGCUCAUAAACAUUGACAAAAUGCAUUUCCAAAUGUGAACACUGCUAAAUUGCCAAAGUUUGUUGGUAUAAUAAAUAAACGCUGUUUCUCCUGGC